AUGGAUCCAUCAUUUAUGUUUGAAAUAGAUGCAGAUGAUGAAUGUAAAUUGAAGCGUUGUUUUUGGUCUGAUUUGGUUUGUAGAAGAGCUUAUGGAUGUUUUGGUGAUGUAGUGGUAUUUAAUACAACUUACAACACUAAUUGGGAUUUUUACAAAGAUUUCAAACAUUGCAUUUGGGAAUCAGAACGUCCGGAAGAGUUUGAAAGAAAAUGGGCUUCUAUCAUCGAAAAGGCGAACCUACAUGACAAUGAAUGGUUAAAGUCAAUAUUUGAACUACAUUCAAUACGGGUGCCGACAUAUGUUAAUCAUGUAUUUUCAGCUGGAAUAUCAAGUAGCCAACGUGCAGAAAGCUCUUAUGCAUUUUUCAAGAGGGCACUUGCACAUCAAUGUUACGAAGACUUAAGUGAUGAUCAUGUUGAUAUUAAUGAGAAGCCUAUUUUGAAAUUGCCAUUGGAAAUGGAGAAGCAAAUGGCUGAGAUAUACACACGCAAGAUUUUUUAUAAGUUUCAAGAUGAGUUGUGGCAUAGCUUAGUAACAAUGCCACAAAUUGUUAGUGAAAAUGAUACACAUAAAAUGUAUACAGUCCAUAGUUGUCCAAAUGGAGGUGUUCCAAGGUUUUGGGAAAUUGCUUAUGAUAAAGUUUUGGACUAUGCAUCGUGUAGCUGUAAAAAGUGGACUAGAGCUGCAACAUUUCAAAUAAUAUACGACAAGGAAGGUUUAGAGAUAACUGGAAAAGGUGGUUCAAUGUUAACGUGGCGAAGUAAACUGUUCAAACUUUUCUCAGAAUUCGUUGAUAACAUCAUGUCAAAUGAAGAGGCAGCUGUAAUUGUGAAUGAUGCUCUGCAAAGUUUGGUUGAUCAGUUUAAAUCCGUAGGUGGUAGCACAAAGAGUGGAGGCAUUUUUGAAAAAAGGUAG